CAGCUGACAGUAUUUAGUGUCAAAAUUUUAGUGUUUGAUAAUGAAGAAAUUUAUUAAAAAAUAAUAGUCAUAAGGGCAUAACUAAAUUUUAGUGAAAAGAAUUGGAAAACAAAAUUUAAUUUUUGUACAAGUUAUCAUUAAUGGCGACUGCCGCUAUUUGUCUAAAGUUUACGUCUCUCACUAGAAAUAGAUCAAAAUGUUGUCUUGAGAUAGUACCAGAAGUUACUAAUAUACAAAAUAUCGACCAAAUAAAAUGGAGAGAGAGCACUGACUCAAUCGAGUAUUUGGUCCCCAUUACAUAUAAACUUGUACUAAAAAAACACAAUACUUUAAAAAACAAUGACGCAGUGAGAUUUUAUCACUCCUGCAUCGAUUUAGUACCAUCAUGGUCUCAUGAAGAUCUAGCUUAUGGCGAUGUUUCAAAGAACAUAAGCGACCAUUUAAUUCAUAGAAUUUAUAAUAAAAUAAAUACAUGUGUAUCUCUAUCUAGACCAAACGCUUUAAAUAUCAUAAAUGAAAACCCUAAAGAUCUAGAAGUCUUAGAAACAAAGCUUGAUAAUAUUUUACAUAAUAUACACGUUAAAAGAGAUUUUGGUACAUGUAUAAGUGAAAGUCAAUUUGAAUACUCUAAAAAAGAGAGAAACUCCACUCUUGAGGUCAAUAAUAAAACCACCAUAGGUACAUUGACGGAUGUCCUGCCGCAACUGUCAUCCAAUGAAAAGAAAACCUUGACAAUAGUUCCCGUUUGCAAAAUUGAUACAUUCGAAGAUAUAAUUAAUAAAUAUCCAUCCCGGGUAUUAGAUUUACCUCAAUCAAUCGUUAGGUAUAACCCCUUAACAAAACGUAAUCCAAAAGGAGAAACAAAAUUUGUACGUCAACCUCCGCAGUGUAAUAUUUCGCUCGAUUGUAGUCUAAAUAGCUUUGUUAACUUAAAUGCACGUGUAUCUUAUUUCAAAAGUGUUAUGGAGAAAGAAAUAUUACCUCUAAAAAUAAUUUUGCAAGAUAUUAUUACAAAAUGCAGUACAUUUGGCUUACUUCACAAUUCUAAUUACUCUAAAAAUAAAUGUAUAAAUGAUAAAAUUGCACUUGAAAAUAAGAAUCGUUGUAAUCGUGUAGUGUAUUCUAUCGUGUUUGAUGAAUAAAAUUAAAUAUAUGCUAUAUUUAUUCAUUUGUAUUCCUUGUCCAUAGGGCUGUGCUAUUUUGUUGGAAAAUGGAGUCAUUCAACAAAUUAGUUGAGAAAUUGUCAUUCCAUGUGGUGGCUGGACCUUGCAAUCAAAAUAUAUUUGACGAUAUAACUCCAAAGUCAGUAGGUACGCCGGUUAAUGUGAAAGUAAAAUUUCGUCAUAAGGAUGAUGUCCAUAGAGGAGUUAUAUCCGUUCCUAAAUUUGAGCACAUUAAAAUGUCCAAAAAUUUACGGUUAAUUAAUAGUGAUCAAACUAUAUUGUCGUUUGAUUUUCUUAUGGAUAUGAAAUCAUCCGAAAAGCCAGCAAAAAAGUCGCAAAAGAAGGUUUUUCAAAUUUUUAGACCAGGCAUCUGUUUAGGAUCCAAAAAUAACAAUGAUGAUGAUGGAUAUCCAUACGUACCUCCUAUAAUAGAAAACAAAAAUACGACAUUUAGCGCAACACAAGUGAAUAUCAUGAAUAAUGGAAGAUGCUAUAGGUUGAAGAAAGAUACUGUACACCAGCCGUUUGACGACACUAAUCGAGCUCAAACAAUGUUUCUAGGAAAAUGUAAGCCAGGAGGAUGUCUUGAUCCCCCUUUCGGUGAAGAGCGAUAUGCUUAUGAACCAAUCUUAGUUAAUGAAGACAUUGUAAAAUAUCAAUCCAUAGAUAAGGUAGAAAAUAAUCAACUAUCAGGCCGAUCUUACAAUACGCAACUACAUUCAAGAAGUCCGCUGAUAGAAAAAGAUAAACAUGUUGAAAGUAAAUUAUUUGAUGAGCUUCUUUUAACAUACCCAUCAAUCCAAAAUUGCAACAAUGACAAUAAAAAUAUUUUAAGAACUAAUAAUACUAUAGAAAAUCGGUCCAUAGUAAGUGCCGAUACAUGUAUACAGUCUUACUAUAAACCACCUAGAAGUAAAGGAACUAGUAUAUCAAGUAACAUGGAAGGAGAAGAUAUUCAAAAAAUAAUAGAUAACGAAAUGAAAAUAAAACCAACCAGUAUAACAAAUUUGAAAUCGCCCUCUAGGGACAGUAUUUAUAUACAAACAGGCUGUCCAGCGGAACCUGUUUUACCCAAAAUGGUAACUUUGUCUCCAAUUGAAAGCGGCCUAACGUCUUUUGAAAAUAAUAUACACUGUGUCAUAGAACAAAAUGUAGAACAAAUCAAGGAAUGUUUGGGAGAUCAGAACAUUUCGUUUGAGACUGGGACUAAACAAAAUCAAGAGGAAAAUCUUUUACAAACACCAAAUACAUUUUCACUGUUAAAAAUUUCAGUUGAAAAAUCUUCUAUAACAAACAAUAAACGAAUACCGGACGACAUAAAAACAUCUCCAGAGAUAUUUGAAAGUAUUCAAAAUAACAAAACCAAUAUAUUAAAUGAAGAUCAGUCGAACAAACAAAGAGAUGAACAAAGUAUCAUUGUAAUUGCCCCAGCCAGGAAUCUUGAGGAAAUAUUGACAAAUGAUGAUGAUGCUGAAUAUUUACCAGAUUUUUAUGACGAAAAUGGAACUGAUCGCCCAUUUAUUGAAUUAAGCGAGAGUUACAGCAAUACACAAUACUUCAAUCAGAAAAAUGAAAUGGUUGACAAACUCGAAAGCCAACUUUUUCAAACUAAUUUUCAAAAACAAUCGUCAUCAAUACUUCAAGUAAAUAAAUUUGAAAUUAAAGGAGAUGAUACUAAAAGCUUAAAAAGUAACCAUGCUAGCCAAAGUAAUAUUAUAAAUAUUAUGGGAUCUACUGAAGAAAAAAGUUCAUCUACUGUUAUAAGUAGGGAUAAAAUUCGUAAGGUAGAAGAUUUUAAAAUUGAAAAUGAUGGUGAAAGAUCACAAAAAGUUUACAAUCUUGAUAUGUUACCAAAAUUAAGCAUAACAGACAACAAGGGGUCAAAUUUAAAAGAAAACACAUUAUCCGACAAGGAUGUCGAGAAUCGCAGUACAGUAAGAGACGAAGCAAGCGGAAGCGUAGCCAGUGUAAAUAAUAUUGGACAAUCUUUUGAACCUAACCAAGAAUCAAUUCAAAAUCUUCCGUUAACAUCUUCAAGACAUAGUAUGUCAGAAAUAAAGUUUGACCAAAAACUAGACCAUAAUUUAGAAUCGAAAAUCCAAAUGACUACAUCACAAACGAUACCUGUUUCACCAAAUAUGUUAGCUGAUUCUCAAGCUACAUCGCAAGAAUUACAGAAAAAAUACAAUACUAUCGGUGACUCACAAAAUAAGGAUAAUCUUGCUUUACAAAGUUCAACACAAGGAAUUACAAAAAAACAUUAUUUGGAAGAUAGUAUAAAAAUACCUAAAAACGAGACGAUGUCCAAAAGUCGUGAAUCCAGUUCAAUUCAACUUUCUGAAAAGUCAUUAAGUGAAGUCAUUAAUGACAAGCAUUCAUCAAACAUAGAACAUUUUAAAAACAAAAAUGAUAUGAUUCAUGAUUCUUUUAUAAAUACUAAUAUAACACAACAUAAUAAUACUCAAUUUAAAGAAAUUUUCCCGAUGCCUGUAAAUAAACAAUCUAUUGAGAAAUUAAAUUAUGAUGAACCCAAAAAAGAUAAAGUAUCUGAAAAAAUAUCCCUGGCAAUUAUGGAAUUGCCAAAUACUUUUAAGACAGAUUUGGGUGAAGUAGAUGCAACUAAAUUAAGUCAACAUUAUGAAACACUAAAUGACAUGAAAGAAAAUAAUGCUGAAGCAUAUAUAAAACCUCAGUUAAUCCUUAAAGAGUACAACAGUAUGGAAAACGGUUUCCAAAAAACUAGAAAACUUAUUAUAAAUUCUAAUGACAAUAAUCAUGGACCUUUACCUAGCACGAACAACGAUAAAACAAAUGUAGAAAUUAAACAUGAUGAAAGCAAUUCAUUUUCUAAAAAAAAUGAAUUAAAGCACUUGGAAGGGAAACCGAUGACAAAGACUAAUAGUUCAAUAGAUCGUUUAAAUUUAUUUUAUAACAAUUCUAAUAAAGAAGUUAAAAAUAGCGAAGUGUUUCAACUUGAUUUUGCAUUGCAAUCCUAUGUUAAUAAUAACAAAGAAAGAGCUUUCAAAACAGUAGAUUCAGCUACUGCACCUGACAACAAUGAACAAGAGCCUAUAUUACUAUUUAAGUCAAAAUUACGAGCUAACAAAGACGAAAUGAUACUACCAAUAGAUCCUUACACGGAUUUUGUAGUUUUAUUGAAGAGAAAUAACCUUAUAAACACAGAAGAUGCAGCGAAAAAACUUUCUCGGGAUGCACUGCACCUUAAAAAGGAAAAACAUUAUGCGCGCGUUUCUAACGAGUUACAAGAAACCUUGUCCAAGAUAUACGAACAGACUUUGAUUCCUGUACAAAAGAUGUUACAAGCUUUGAAAGAAGAAGUUGACAUUUUAUCUCGUAAUCAGAUUUUAAUCCGAGAAAUGUUGAGAAAUAAAUCAAAACCGGCAAGGCUAAUAAACGUCAAUAGAAGAUGUUCAUGUUAUCGCAAGUGAAGAUGACAACUUAAUUGUAAAUAUCAGAAAAUGUUAGAAUCAAGCUCUUUAAAUUUUUUUUAUCAAUAUUCCUUGUUAUAGAUACAUCAGAAGCAUGGAAAUAAAAGUAAAUGGCAAA